UUGUCACUUUUCACUGGGGAGAUCUUCUGGUGUUCACAAAGCCUCUUGGGCAAAUCGUUGUUUGAGCUAUAUGCGAUAAUGGAUGGAUAGAGAGUGACGAGAAAGUAUCAACUGGAAUCUUUCAACUGUCAUGCUUAUUUUUGAAUUGUCAUUUAUGACUUGGAUGUGGCAUUGUUUACUCUCUGUGGCGCUGUUGAUAUUGGACCCAACAAUUUUACGCGGGAAUUAUAUGCACGGAUAUGAUAGAAAACUAGAUCGGGAUUUUCGUCUGUCGUUGGGAAUAGUGAGAUAUGUUCCAUGGUGAAACUAAGGGAUUGACACACUGAUACCCCUCUGACUCGCUUAAAUUCGGGGUCAGCGACGGGCAGGUGGGUGUUGGAAUCGGCGGCUGCGCGCAGUGACUGGGGUCGUGGAUUAGAACCACACCGUUUGAGGAGAGCGCGUGUCAUGCGGACUCGGGUGUCGCACGCUGGAAGGCUUUAAAACCUGUGGUCAGGAGCUGACAGAUAAGCGGAUAUGGCGAUGACAGCAAACCGAUCGCCCACACGACGCCAUACAUGCUGUCUGCCAUCUGCCCAGUAAAGUUGAAACCGGAAUUAAUUCGUGAAGAGCACACUUCUCCAGCGUGCCAGUGGCCAUCGAAGGCUCUGCUAUGCGGCGCCGCUGGCUGAUGGUACCGCUGCUCAUGCAGGUGUGGCUGGCUGCAUCCCCAUCCCUCAGCGAGCGCCCAUGCCCCAAAAGCUGUCGCUGCGAUGGGAAAAUCGUCUACUGUGAGUCAAGCGCCUUUCGUGAUGUCCCCAAGAACCUCUCAGGGGGCUGCCAGGGCCUGUCCUUACGUUACAACAGUCUGGCGAGUCUCAGAGCCGGACAGUUUGUGGGCCUCAACCAGCUCAUCUGGCUCUACUUGGACCACAACUACAUCGCCUCUGUGGACGUACUGGCUUUCCAAGGCGUUCGGAGGCUCAAGGAGCUGAUCCUGAGUUCCAACAAGAUCACAAUGCUCCACAACACCACUUUCCACCCUAUACCCAACCUCCGCAACCUGGACCUGUCUUACAACAAACUGGCGGCCCUGCAGCCGGGCCAGUUCCAGGGCCUCCGCAAGCUCCUCAGCCUGCACAUGCGCUCCAACUCCUUGAAGAGCAUCCCCGUGCGUCUGUUCCAGGACUGCAGAAACCUGGAGUUCCUGGACCUGGGCUACAACCGCCUGCGCAGCAUCACCCGCAACGCCUUUUCAGGCCUGCUGAAACUGACUGAGCUGCACCUGGAGCACAACCAGUUCUCCAAGAUCAACUUCUCCCACUUCCCACGCCUCUACAACCUGCGGGCGCUGUACCUGCAGUGGAACCGCAUCCGCUCCAUGAGCCAGGGCCUCACCUGGACCUGGACCUCCCUGCAGAAGCUGGACCUGUCUGGCAAUGAUCUGCAAGAGGUGGAUGCUACUGUCUACCAAUGCCUGCCCAACCUUCAAACACUCAAUCUGGAUUCCAACAAACUGACCAACGUGUCCCAGGAGACCGUGUCGGCCUGGAUCUCCCUGACCACCAUCAGCCUGGCGGGGAAUGUGUGGGACUGUGGCCCUGUGAUCUGCCCCUUGGUGGUCUGGCUGAGGAACUUCAAGGGGAACAAGGAGACCACCAUGAUCUGCGCCGCCCCUAAGGAGGCCCAAGGUGAGAAGGUCAUGGAUGCCAUAGACACCCACGGUGUGUGUCGGGCUACCGCCAUCACACCCCUCACAGCCAGCACCCGGCCCACCCCCUCUAAAGGCCCAGACCAGACAGAACACCACCCAUCGUACCCCACGCCCCACACCGGAGCUGGGAAGAGGGGAGAGGGAUCUAGAGGUGGCCCUACAUCUUCAGCUGUCACCCCACCCAUGGAACCACCACCUGAACAUGAGUUUGAGCCUGUGUCCUUUCACAAGAUUGUGGCGGGGAGCGUUGCCCUUUUUUUGUCUGUGGCGAUGAUCCUGUUGGUGAUCUACGUGUCGUGGAAGCGCUAUCCCAGCAGCGUCAAGCAGUUGCAGGAGCACUCUGCUGCGGCUCGCAAACGGCGGAAAAAAGCUAGAGAGACAGAGCACACGCUGAGCUCCCCCCUGCAGGAGUACUAUGUGGACUACAAGCCCACCAAUUCGGAGGCCAUGGACGUGCUCGUCAACGGGACUGGCUCCUGCACCUGCACCAUCUCAGGCUCCAGGGAAUGCGAGGUCCCGCACCAGAUGGGCACGCUGGCGUAUUACCGGUACGAGCAGCCUAUCGUGGACUACUGCCAGGCCCAUCAGCCCCUGCGGCUCAACAUGGGCUAUGAGGGUCCCCCGCAGGGCCUGGAGGAGCUGGGGCCACGUGAGAGAACCACCAUACAGACUGUAUCGCUGCCCUCUGUGCCCUCUGCUGCCACAGUCGGGGCCGGGCCCCGCUCACCGCCCUCUAUCCUCAGAGCCCCGUCCCAGGUCCCCGGUGGUUCCUUCCCUCCCCCAGAACGCACCACCACGCUCACCUUUGGACGCUAACAACUGGAGCGAGAGUCUGUCGUUUGAGGUGGGGGGGAUGCCACAGAUCCACCAUGACUCUUGAAUAGAGGGCAAGGGAGCAGGGGGGUUCUGUGGGGCCUUUUUCGGCACAUUGGCACGGGAUGGCCACAAGGGGGCAGAGGUAAAAAGAGGAGAACAAAAAUGAUCAAUUUAAAAACAUGGCUAGAGGCAACUGGAAUGUGACCAUUAUGACGGCUGAUGCAUCCUGGGAGUUCUGCUAUUAUCUCUUUUUCUUUUUCCAAACACUUCAAAGUGGACCUGCUGCUCCCCUCUUGGCUCCUGGGAAAUAGAAACGUGAUGCAACGUGCAUGACACGUUAAAGCAUCCAUUUGGUUAUAGCUCUGGCCAAUGUGGCGACAAUGCUGUAUGGUGCCUGUUCCAAGGAAUGGAUCAUGGCGGUUCUCUCAUGUUGUGUUUCGGAGUGAGAAAGGAAUGUGCAAUAAACUAUGUGUCUGGAGGACAAGAAGGAAGGAGAGCAACGUCAUGAAACAAAAUCAUGUUUACCAGAACUCAAAGGCUCGCUCUUUUUCCCAUUCAAAUUGCCAGUCACAAUGCCAUGGAAAUCAUCAUUUCAUUCCAAUGAGUAUAAUUCUCAAAAAAGAAGAAUGUUGUUGCGAGAGAACAAGUAGAUCAUUGUGUUGUUUCCAUUCUGUGUUGUCAGUAUGUUCAACGAUGGAGGUCAAAGGUCUGAGUUUUAUUCAUGUGCUCAUGUCGUACCAAAGAUGUAUUAUUUUUAUGUACAAUAAUAGCAUUUGUUUUCUUUAUGCUUUUUGUUUCUGAAAACAUAACUGGUACACAUUAAAUACAUGCAUUAGAUGGUUUACCUUUUUAUAAAUGUACAACCAAACCACAUAAUAGUCUACAGAGGCUGCCAAGUCAUGUGUCUGUAAAUGGAUGAGAGAGCCUACUCAGUUAUCAUUACAAAAAUACAAUUUGAUGGAGUCCGAUAGAAAAUGUAGGAAGCAUGUGCAAUGGGGUGUCAAGAUUUGGCAGCUGGCUCGAGUUGGCCCACCAGAUUAUACUAUCUAUGGUCUGACUAAUUCAUGAGAUGUAUAUCUAUUUCAUUAAAUACUUUUUAAAUGGAAUUGCUGGAUGUGAAGUGUUUGGGCAGAAUUAAAGGUAUUUUACAUGCUGAUGCUUUUGUAAUGCCCAAUUUGAUCAAAUUGGGCAAAGCAAUGAACAAGGAGGUAUGUAGGUCCUUCGAGUGGGCCAACUAAAGGUUGAAUCUCUUACCAUCUGUAAAGGCCGAACUAACCAUUUUAUAUAUUUCAUUUCUAAAAACAAUGCUUGAUUUUCCUGUAACUGGCCUGUCUGUGAGGUGAGCGGCAGUUAUGCUGGUGGAUUGGUGAUGCACUGCUCCUGUGCUGCCCUCUCCUCUCUACGCCCUUAGAAACACAGCAGACAAAGAGCCCUGUGCCUCACGGAGGCUUGUUGGGCUGACUGACUGGCACGUUGGUGCGUCUGACAUCCAGAAAAACUCACUGACUGUGGUGGACUACCACUGGGGAUGGAUAUUGCCUGUUAAUAACACAGCCCUUUGCCAGUAAGUGUGCCUGACUGUGUUUGAACUCCAACCAGAUGAAUGUGGACACUGUCUCUGUUACCCAUGAGCACUAUUGGACAUCCUUUACCGUCAAUUGAUGGAGUUGAAGAUGGACUGGAUCCUUGGUUGUGGUGGCUUUUCAAUGGAGAUUCCCCACCCCUCACUCCCCAUGUCCAAAUCAAACACACACACACUGCGGUCCUUUUUUAUCUGUCAAGUUCAACACCCUGAGGUCUGUAUAAUGGAGGAGGGAGCUCAUCAAGCCACCUAUGUGUAUGGAUGGCUCCCCAUGAAGGAGAAAGCCUGAGAGGGCAAAGAGAAGGGAGGGCCAGGAGACCGCCGGCCUGGGGGGGGUGUGCUUUUUUUUGUAUGUUUCUUGAUCGGAAGCAAAAGUGUACAUUUUUGAGAUGAUCAAUGAUGUCAAGCAAUUCUAUAAAAAGACUACAUAAAAAGGACAAAUCCUUCGGGACUUAUUUAUCUUGUAAAUAGAGAAUCUUUAAAAAGGAAAAAGUUACGUAUUUUGCUUCUUCUGAAACACAAACUGCUUGUGGCCAGAAGAGGAGCCUUAUCCACGAGCCGGAGUGAGGGAGGGAGUCUGUCCAGAAGAUGGCUUUCGGAGGGAGAUGAUGAUUCCCACCAUAUCCUCUCCUCUCCUUGUUUUAAUUAUACAUAUUUUUCUACCUGCUCCCACCUCCCUCCAGCAGGUCACUAUUCCUGCAAACAUUGUCCAUCACGGAGGUUUUUACUAAUGUCUUAAAGUCACACCCCUACCAGAACCACACAUGAUAAGGAAUUUGGGAGCAAAAUCAUUAAGAUUUGAAGUGUCAAAGGUACAAAGAGAUAGUAUAUUAUUCAAUUCUGGCCUGUAGUAGAGUAUUUCAAAUAAAUCAAAUAAAUAGAAUUUUAUUGGUCACAUGCACUCCCCCAAAAAAGUAUUGUUCACAUUACAGUGAAAUGCUUAGGAGCCUAUUCCCAAUAGUGCGGAAUUUUAAAGUAAAACAAAUAUUUGCUAAAUAAAAGAAGGAAAUGGUAACACAAUAAAAACAAUAAUGAGACUAUACGGACUAACAGUACAGAGUCAAUGUGCAGGGGUACAGGGUAGUUGAGGUAAUAAUGAGACUAUAAGGACUACCAGUACCGAGUCAAUGUGCAGAGGUACAGGGUAGUUGAGGUAAUAAUGAGACUAUAAGGACUACCAGUACCGAGUCAAUGUGCAGGGGUACAGGGUAGUUGAGGUAAUAAUGAGACUAUAAGGACUACCAGUACCGAGUCAAUGUGCAGAGGUACAGGGUAGUUGAGGUAAUAAUGAGACUAUAAGGACUACCAGUACCGAGUCAAUGGGCAGGGGUACAGGGUAGUUGAGUUAAUAAUGAGACUAUAAGGACUACCAGUACCGAGUCAAUGUGCAGGGGUACAGGGUAGUUGAGGUAAUAAUGAGACUAUAAGGACUACCAGUACCGAGUCAAUGUGCAGGGGUACAGGGUAGUUGAGGUAAUAAUGAGACUAUAAGGACUAACAGUACCGAGUCAAUGUGCAGGGGUACAAGGUAGUUGAGGUAAUAAUGAGACUAUAAGGACUACCAGUACCGAGUCAAUGUGCAGGGGUACAGGGUAGUUGAGGUAAUAAUGAGACUAUAAGGACUACCAGUACCGAGUCAAUGGGCAGGGGUACAGGGUAGUUGAGGUAAUAAUGAGACUAUAAGGACUACCAGUACCGAGUCAAUGUGCAGGGGUACAGGGUAGUUGAGGUAAUAAUGAGACUAUAAGGACUACCAGUACCGAGUCAAUGUGCAGGGGUACAGGGUAGUUGAGGUAAUAAUGAGACUAUAAGGACUACCAGUACCGAGUCAAUGUGCAGGGGUACAGGGUAGUUGAGGUAAUAAUGAGACUAUAAGGACUACCAGUACCGAGUCAAUGGGCAGAGGUACAGGGUAGUUGAGGUAAUACAGUAUGGACAUGUGGGUAGGAGUAAAAGUGACUAGGCAAUCAGGAUAUAUAAUAAACAGAGUAGCAGCUGUUCAGGCCGCUGUUACUAUUAUUAUUAUUUUUAUCAACCCAUGUUCUCGUGUAUGACUCGUUUUCAGUAUGCUUGAGAUACAGUAUGUUAUUUCUACUAAAGCCGUGAUAACUUCAUUUCAUUGAAUAAUUGACCAACCCCCGAGCAAAAACACACCGAUAAUGCUCUGAUAAUUAUAUCAUGCUGCCCCACAUAUUACAUACAAAACUGUUGGUUUACUCGAAAUGGUUUCUGACUACAGUGCUGGUUUUAGUUGACCUUGUAAUAAAUGUUGUGCCAAUGUCUUCACAAAUGGGACAUCCCACUCUCAGUUCUAGCAAUGUCUUGUCUUGCCUCGCUCUUUAAACCUCCCCUGCGCCCUGCCAUCUCCUGGCCUGGAUAUCAUGUCUGCCUUUGGUGACCCUUUUUUAUGAUGUUCUGUCUCUGUCCGCAUGCUGACGAUUGGGCAAAAACCACGUCAAAAUAUAAGGGUGUGCACUGAACGAGAAACAGAUAGUAUAGAGCUAGACUAUUUCCUGUCGGACAUGCCCUAGAACCACAAGCAUGUGUUUCCACACGCUGGCUACUUUGGUGUCUCUCAAGCAAGCUGUUCACUGACCCCUCUGUAGCCCAUCCUCUCCAGAGUAGAUGUCUCCCGCCCCAUGGGCCCUCCAGUCUCCCAUGCUGUCUUUAUGCACGUUGCAGAAAGAGAUGCUUGUGUUGGACGAGGCUAUACUCCAGAGAGAGGCUUCCAUCUUCUAUUAUGGUAAAACAUUUCCAGACUAAUUAGCAUUAUUUAGUUUCUUCAUUAAUACGUUUCCUUGAGCAGGAAUCACUCAACAGCAGUCCAACAACGAUCAAAACAAUAUGUAAUUGGACGUUUAAAUGGAGCCAUGGUGACCACAAUUAAAUUAGCGGCUAAUAAGUCAUUGGUUUACCAUGAUCUACAUCCCUGAUAAGGCCAUUGGAAUAAAGGGACCCUGCUGUCUUCCAUGAACAAGUCUUUUGUCCCAUUUUUAUAAUGUUGUACUGUACGGGGCUUUCAGCACAGGGGAUGCAUACAACAGCAAGUUUAAGCUGAAAUUCAGGAACGUCUGUGCUAGCCCAGAAACGCCGACAGGCUUUGUUUUUUUCCUCGGCCCUGUUUGUUUUGGGAUCUGUUCCCCCCUCUACCCCAAUCCUCUGAGUUUGGGAUCAAAUCCCUUUUGGGAACAGAUUUAGCUGAAGGGAGGGUGAAUGAAGGUCUGAAGUAUUGCAAGAAAGCCUUUCAUAUUUCCGUGUCUAUGCUCAGAGGAAUGGCUAAAUGCAAAUCUCUAGGGGAAAGAGAGAUGAGGCAAGAGAGAUGGGGGGCGGAGGGGGAAAGAGAAAUCGAGAAAAUGGCAAACAAAUAACAGAAAUGAAGAAAAGGGGUAAGAACAAGAGAAUUGUAUUGUAUUUGCUUAAAACAAAGGUUUUGCAUCCCAUGCACACCAAGGGAUGCUAUCCUAACACCUUGGUACACAUGUACAGUACCUCAUUAACACAUUGAAUGGGGCACACAGACACCUGCGUCCUCCUAAAUCUCCCAAAUCCUACUUCCACACCCUGGCUGUAUGCAGUCUGAUCACACCUAAUGCACAUGGCUGAGGAUGCAGGAGGGCAUAGUGAGUGAACACAUCAUCGUGAACUGCAUCCCCCCCACAGGGUGUAACAUCUGCUGCUGAUGAAUCGUGGCUUUUGUUGUCUAGGCUCUGUCACUGCUGGUGCACACCUAGUUUAUGCUGUCUCAAACCUGGCCCUUACAUCUCACCACGGCUCUGGACUCUGCAGCGCCUCACCUCCCUGCCAUCAACACAACACAUUUCUCCUUCCAGUUCACCUGAAGCCAAGGGCAGAGAUAAAUACGUUUGACAAAUUAAUUCCCAGCCAGAUGUGGCUUUGCGUCAUCUUCUCAUCUUCUCUAUUCCCUCCUGAUCUGAGGCAGUAUACAGUUACAGUAUAGAGCCCCUAUAGGGCCUCUGUAGGGCCCAGAGCAUGUGGAGACCUGAGGCAUACAGGACAGUAGGAGAAGCUCUAACAUCAUUAGCUGGAGGUUUUUGCCCUUUGGCAUAAGCAAUGGUUACAAACCAGGGUCAAGACAAUAGGGGUUCUAAGCAUAACCAUUAACCUCUGUCAGAGAUAUAAACUAUUCCGGGUCUAACAAAGCAUGUUUAAACCACUAAUUGGAUUUAUGUGAACAGAAUAAGAAAAGGAACACUAAUUUCAUAUAGAAUCAAUUUUGCUGCAAGAGGCGAUGUAGAGAUGUGAACAUGCAGUAAAACUGACAGAAAGCAAUAUUAUCAUAUUCUUUAAGAAUUCCUUAUUUGCUCCAAGCUUCUCCACAUUCUCCCCUCCCACCAAUAUACCACUUGUUCUUUCCCAUGAUAUUUCCAUGUGAAUUUCUGCUUUUCCCUCAUCUAUCUCCUACUGACGGCAUUGACUUCUGUGGGAUGUAAAUAUGAGCUGCAUUGUUUAUUCUGUAGUUGGUUUGUUGUCGUUUUGGUUUUAAUUCUUAUUUUCUGUGCUCAGACCUAAAGCGGUGUUGUGGAAACCUGGUCCAAACGCAAAAUAUGGCUUCUCUUUGAGUAUAUUAUUGUCAGAAAAUGUUUUGUAAAAAUUUUGAUGACGAAAUCAAAAAUAAAGAAAUUUAAAGGUUAAUAUUUGUGAUGCCA